CACUCUUUCUCACACUUUCCAUUUACCUUGCCGGAAGACAACAUGAGAGCGCAAAGGACGCCGAUCCACACGGUAUCGACAUGGGUGAGGCGUCAACCGCCCAAAGUCAAGGCCUUUUUGGCCGUUGUGGCCGGGAUGGCGGCACUCGUCCUCCUCCGUUUCAUCGUUCAUGACCACGAUAACCUCUUCGUCGCCGCCGAAGCUGUGCACUCAAUAGGAAUCUCCGUGCUCAUCUACAAGCUCAUGAAGGAGAAAACUUGUGCCGGACUAUCUCUGAAAUCCCAAGAACUAACAGCUAUCUUCUUAGCUGUUAGGCUGUACUGCAGCUUUGUCAUGGAAUAUGAUAUACAUACCGUACUUGAUUUAGCCACAUUGGGCACUACCUUGUGGGUUAUUUAUAUGAUCCGUUUCAAACUAAAAUCUAGUUACAUGGAAGACAAGGACAAUUUUGCAAUAUAUUAUGUGGUUGUGCCUUGUGCAGUAUUAGCUCUGUUAAUUCACCCAUCAACUUCUCAUCAUCUAUUAAACAGGAUUUUCUGGGCAUUCUGUGUGUAUUUGGAAGCUGCUUCAGUGUUACCCCAACUGCGAGUUAUGCAGAAUACAAAGAUAGUUGAGCCCUUCACUGCUCAUUAUGUAUUUGCCUUGGGUAUUGCAAGGUUCCUCAGCUGUGCCCACUGGGUUCUCCAGGUUCUAGACAGUCGAGGUCACUUGCUGGUGGCCUUGGGCUAUGGAUUAUGGCCUUCUAUGGUUCUUAUCUCAGAAAUUGUCCAAACCUUCAUUUUAGCUGACUUCUGUUACUACUAUGUCAAGAGUGUCUUUGGAGGACAGCUUGUUCUGCGGCUUCCCUCUGGAGUGGUGUAAGCAAACAUCCUCUUUUCUUGUGAUUGUUGAGCUCACUGCCAUUAGAACUACAGAUGUGUAACAGAUGUAGGUCUUUGUAUGAGUUGCGGUUUCUGCUCUGAAAACGACACAGUUGUUUUUUUACUACUGGAAUGCUGGUUCUUUUGUAAAUUUAGGGCUCAGAAAACUUGAGUGGAUAUAUUUGUAUUGGAGAAACAAAGUUGGGUUAACAUUUUGUAUCAAUUUCACUAAUCUUCUGCAAGUUAAAUAUUACAAACUUUUCUGCACAUCCAAUUU